CCCAAUCGCCGCCCUGCUGCGCAAGCCAUGGCCGGCACUGAGGACGCGCGCCGGACGCCGGCCCUGCCGUGGACGGUACGCCUCCAGUUUGCGGCGCUUUCGCUCGCGCACCGGCCGGACGGCAGCGUUCGGCGCCUCCUCUUCUCCCUCGGCGACCUCCACGCGGCGGCAAGGUCACGCCCGGACGCAUCGGGGGUCCACUCCGCCGACGUCACCUUCGACGCCUCCCGCGGCCUCUGGGCGCGCGUCUUCUCCCCCUCGUCGGUAGCCAAUCAACCGGUCCCCGUCGUCGUCUACUUCCACGGCGGCGGCUUCGUGCUCUUCUCCGCGGCCUCCCGCCCCUACGACGCGUUCUGCCGCCGCCUUUGCCACGGGCUUGGCGCCGUCGUCGUCUCGGUGAACUACCGCCUCGCCCCCAAGUACCGCUUCCCGGCAGCGUACGACGACGGCGUGGACGUGCUCCGCUACCUCGACACGAACGGUCUCCCCGCCGACCUUGCCGUACCAGUGGAUCUCUCCAGAUGCUUCCUCGCCGGCGACAGUGCCGGCGGAAAUAUCUCGCAUCACGUGGCACAGCGCUGGUCGGCCAUGACGACCACCGUGUUACCAUCAUCCCUACGCCUCGCCGGCGUCGUCCUGAUCCAGCCAUUCUUCGGGGGCGAGGAGCGGACGGAGGCGGAGGUUACGCUCGACAAGGUGGGGCCCUCGCUGUCGAUGGUGGUGACGGACGCCUACUGGAGGGAGUUCCUGCCGGAGGGCGCCACCCGGGACCACGCAGCCGCUCGCGUCUGCGGCGAGCGCGUCGAGCUCGCCGAGGCGUUCCCGCCGGCCAUGGUGGUGAUCGGUGAGUUCGACCUGCUCAAGGGCUGGCAGACGCGGUACGUGGAGGCGUUGCGCGGCAAGGGGAAGCCGGUUACGGUGGUCAAGUACCCCGAUGCUAUCCACGGAUUCCACGCGUUCCCGGAGAUCGCCGACGCCGGCAAGCUCGUGGAGGAUAUCAAGCAGUUCGUCGACGAGCGUCGGCCUGCGAAGUCGUAGGAAACAGUAAGCAUCCGCAGUCUUUGCGUCGAGCGUCGAUGCGGGCGACGUUCCUCGAGCGUCGAUGCGGGCGACGUUCCUCUGUGUAUCCUUUGAGAUGCGACCGUGUAACGGACCUGCGAAACUUUUCAGCCAGCUGAAUAAUACUAGCAUC